AUGGCAGCGAUGUCCCAUUCGGGCAAUGGAGGGUCUCCAAACUUCCUGAGCGCGUCGCUGAGCCCGAGAUUCAAAGCAGUGAAGCGUCACAUCACAAGAAGUCGAACGUCAUAUAGCUGCUCGACAUGCAGAAGACGCAAAAUCAAGUGCGAUAAAAUCCAUCCAGUAUGUGGAGGAUGCAGGAAGGCCAACGAGAAGUGCGUGUAUAUCUCGGAUGGGGUGCAAACGGCUGCUUCUACGGAAGACACGGGACUUGAAGAGGAUAACGAGGCCAAGAAAAGGAAAAUCAGCCCUAUCUCCCAGACGUCGUCGGCUUCCCUGCUCGCUCCCGCCAGUGAUGGUAACGCCACCUCAACUCAACUCAAGGUUAUCGAAGAACAGCUGCGUCGUCUAACGUCAAUGCUCGAUGCUUUGCGUGAGAGCGGCGGUGACGACUUACGAUUACGCGACCUGCUCACGUCUCUCUCCACCAGCUCCAAAGAGAGCAGUCAUCUGCCGGCAUCAAGUGUGAACACACCCCAGAAUAAAGCCAAUGACGUAGGGAGAAAUACAACGGACCUGAGCCGGCCGUUGUCGGGACUGAGUCUGACGGAUGGUACCCGGGGACAUUAUGACCCCUUGUGGGAUGUCAUUGUCGAGGAACUUGAUGAGCUCAAUCGCCGCAUGCGCACCCCGACGAACGAACAAGUGAGUUCCCCAGAUAGUCAAGUGCAUGCUUGUCAGGGAGGAUGCGCACAACCAGUUGAAAAUCAUACUGUCCCGGAAGAUGAGGAUACUUGGGACCAAAUGAGUUUUCACAGAGAAGCCGGCCUGGACAUGCCCGACCGUUAUGACUUGGCAGGUGACUGCUCAGUCUGUCAGCGGAUGCCAUUCAGUAAAUCCACUCUGCUGCAGGGCCUGCCAGGGAGAGGUAGGUCGAACAACUCCAGAUCUCACUUCAUGAGAUGUUUACCUACCAGAGGUCAGAGCAACGUCCUUCUCAGAUGCUGGUUAUCCGGUGUAUAUCCAAUCAUGCCCAUAUUGGAUCCCACAGAGCUUUUGGCCAUGCACGAAGCUUUCUGGGCUCAUCUUGAUGAAGACCAACCCUCCGAAGAGGGCUUCCCAUAUUUGGGUAUCAUGGCACUGAUGUAUGGAAUAUGGUAUACAGCGUCGCUGAGUAUCUCAAACAAGGGGCUCCAGCGUUGGUUUCCGCAUACCACAAGAGCAGCGCUUGCCUCCGCCUUCCAUGACCAAGUAGUCCUGUGCUUGACAUCGGCAUCUUUUUCGAGGAAUAUUGCUCUGAACAAGGUGGCUGCCCUUGUUGUCAUUAUUUCGGUUCCUGCUGGUGAAGAGGAUCCAUUACAAGAGAGCCUGUAUAUGCAGCUUGUUAUUCGGCUAGCUUCCACUCUGGGACUCCACAGAGACCCCGACCUGUUCAACAUUUCAAAAUCUGCGGGAUGUAUGCGUCGACGUCUCUGGUGGCAGAUUGUCCAAAUGGAUAUGGCGCUUUCCGUGGCAAGCAGGUCCCCCUCUCAGAUUUCAGAAGCCUUUUGUGACACCAGGUUGGCGUUCGAACAAUCGGAUCCGACCAUUCACAAGGACAACGAUCAGAGUGCGAACCUGAGCGGGAUAUCUUAUAUCUCGCUAUCCGGUCUCGAAACCAACACUGAAGAUCAUAUCUCUCUUCCGGAUACUGUGCAGCUAUUUGCAAGGGCAAGAUCAUUUAUGGCUCAUGCAUUGCGUAGUGUGGUAUCAAUCCAUCUACGGCCCAGGAUGCUCACAAAUGCAGACAUGCAUGAAAUGAAAAGAAUCAUGGAGGAAGCAGGAGAUGAGAUCAGCGCCGUCAUUAAACUGAUACCUGCAAAAGGAUUACCGGAGCUCGGCUUUAUUCCGCACGGGCCAGCAAGAAUGGAAGUUCAAGCAUUGGACUGCGAUCAAAUGAUGGCCGACCCCAUCAACCUUGCGGAGCCAGCAUACUUCAAUGUCAGAGCAGCGGAUGAAUUACCAUCGCCUCUGAAAAGGUGUUACCGACCGAAGCUGGCGGCUUUCAACAAGUGGGCGAGAAUCAGCCUUUCCCUACUGAAGGACAGGCUUUAUUGCGUCGCAUACGCACCGUUCCUGAAGAAUGGAAAGAGCAAGUUGUGGGAUGUAGGGAGGCAAUGUGCGCUUCAUAACAGUCACAGCUUCAUGAGGAAGUUCAUCUCCUUAGCUACAGACCCGGACUUGCAACCAUUCAGGUGGACAUGGCCUGCAAUGCAUGGACCGUUGCAUGCAGUUAUGAUCGCACUGGUCGACCUGUACGAAAGGCCCAACAGCAUUGAAGCACCACGUUCAAGGGAGCUUGUUGAUACGAUUUUCGCUCUGGCUGCUCCAGAAUCAGGCAUCGUGGGGGGCCCGAAUGGAGUCACCGCUCAGAGACCCAUGCGAGAAGCAGGUCCCGAGAUCUGGGACAUGUUGCGUGGACUCCGGUCCGCAGCCUGGCAGAGGGCGAGACUGGAUCCGAUGUUUCUGUGGACCGUGCAUGAUCAGAUUGCCGUUGGCGUUGCAGCUCCACUCAGUGAUGCGCAAAGGAUCGCUCAAAAUCUCAGGGAAGAUGCUGUCGAUGAGUAUACUCGAUCUUCCACGCGUCCCCAGGCUCCAGAGGAGGGUAAUGCUGUUCCUGAGACGACUGAAUCCGGCGCUGAAUACUUGGGAAUGCCUGCCCAGAACGGAAUAGGGAGGCCAGACGAACCAGAGGACGAUCCGUGUGUGCGAUCGCUGAGGUGUGGAUUGCCCGACGACAUAGAAAACGACAUCCCCGUCAAUGGAACUCGGGGUUUAUGCCGACGACAAAACCAGCGCCCGAUGCCUUUCCUGCCGAUCUGCCGGUUGCCGAAGUGUGCAGGGGAAACGGCUUUGAACAGCUUGCCAGAACAAUUACCACAGACCAAUGAACCUUUUCCCAGGUCUGCGAUUCGGGCGCGAUGCAGCCCUGGAGAGGCUCCCUUUGAUAAUGCCGUUCCGAUAGGGGAAACCUUGCCCAUCGAACCCACGGUCCAGCGGUAUUCGGGUGGAGAGCCAUUGACACGUGAGCCUGCCAUCUCGCAAGGAACAGCAUCGCAGACCCCGGCUAUGGAUACUAGGGUUGAACCCAUUUCGCAAAACGACCUAAGCAGCCCUUCGGAUGGCUAUAGUAGCUACCUCCGAGACGACCAGCUUUCUUAUUUGCGCGACAAUGCAGCCAAGUCUGACUCCGGGUUGCACCAUGACGCGGCACCUGUCACAACGGCGGACCUGGGGUUCGACUGGGACCGCUGGGAUGCAGUAUUUGGCCAAUACGCCGGAUUCACUGAUUUGAUGCAGGAUGUGACAUGGGAUGACUACGUUGACGAGUGA